CUUGCGUGCCAGGCGAUGGCCGAGAGCGCCGCCGCUGCCGGGCAGUCAUCCUCGGCGAGGAAGUCUGGGGUGCCGGUGUUCGUGAUGAUGCCGCUGGACACGGUCAAGACAUGCUGCGGGAGCGGUCUAAACCACCGGAAGACCAUGGCGCGGGAUCUGGCGGCUCUCAAGAGCUCGGGCGUGGAGGGAAUCAUGGUGGACGUGUGGUGGGGCGUCGUGGAGGGCGAGGAGCCGGGGCUGUACAACUUCGAAGGGUACAUGAAGCUCGUCGAGAUGGCGCGCGAUGCCAGGCUCAAGGUCCAGGCCGUCAUGUCCUUCCACCAGUGCGGCGGCAACGUCGGCGACACCGUCAACAUCCCGCUGCCGCGGUGGGUGGUGGAGGAUAUGGACAAAGACCAGGACCUCGCCUACACUGACCAAUGCGAACGCCGCAGCUACGAGUACGUGUCGUUCGGCUGCGACGACAUGCCCGUCCUCGACGGACGCACGCCCAUCCAGUGCUACACCGACUUCAUGUCCGCCUUCCACGACCACUUCGCCGCCUUCCUCGGCAACACCAUCGUCGAAGUUCAAGUCGGCAUGGGCCCUGCGGGCGAGCUACGGUACCCGUCGUACCCGGAGAGCGAGGGGACCUGGGAAUUCCCCGGCAUCGGCGCCUUCCAAUGCUACGACAAGUAUUUGCUGAACAGCCUGAAGAUGGCAGCGGAGGCGGCGGGCAAUCCGGACUGGGGCUUGGGCGGGCCGACGGACGCCGGCGGCUACAACAGCCGGCCGGACGACACGGACUUCUUCCGCCAGGACGGCGGUGGCUGGGACUCCGAGUACGGCCAGUUCUUCAUGUCCUGGUACUCGCGGAUGCUCCUGGAGCACGGCGACCGCGUUCUGUCCGGCGCGGCGCCCGUGUUCGGCCACGAGCCCGGCGUCCAUCUAUCGGUCAAGGUCGCCGGCAUCCACUGGCACUACGACACAGAGUCGCACGCGCCGGAGCUCACGGCCGGGUACUACAACACGCGGCGCCGCGACGGGUACCUCCCGAUCGCGCGCAUGCUGGGCCGCCACGGCGCCGUGCUCAACUUCACCUGCGUGGAGAUGCGCGACCACGAGCAGCCACAGGACGCGCGGUGCAUGCCGGAGGGCCUGGUGCGGCGUGUGGCCUCAGCCGCCCGCGAGGCUGGCGUCGGCCUGGCCGGUGAGAACGCGCUGCCCCGGUACGACGAUGCGGCGCACGACCAGGUGGUGGCCACGGCUCAGGAGGAGCGGAUGGUGGCGUUCACGUACCUCCGCAUGGGCCCCGACCUGUUCCAGCCCGACAACUGGCGCCGCUUCGCCUUAUUCGUGACACGGAUGAGCCAAGCGAGGUAGUCCUCCUCGGUCGCUGCGUUCCGGUAGGCUCACGCUCGGCGUCCACUGCAACGAUGUUGCAUUUCCUUUUUUCUUGAGUGGGGUGUAGAGUAUCUGCUCCCGAGCGCACAUGCUCUUUGAUUAACAGUAAAAAUCAAAACAAAUAGUAAAAAAAAUCAAAAAAAUCAUUUUUUGAUAAAUUUUGAUAAUUGUUUUGCGUGCUUGCAAUAGUUCAUAUAAAGAGACAUUUGUGGAAAUCGUGACAAAAAAAACAAAUCAAUGCUCCGAAAAUGAUGUUUCUGAAAGCCUUAAGGAAUACUGAUUUUAUUUUUUA